AUAGCAACCUUACCAACACGCAAAACUCAUCAUAUAUUGCACACUGCAAAACGAGAAGUCUCCAAUCUCCAACAAUGACGACCACCCGCGUUGCUCUCUGCCUUUGCUUUGCAUUCCUCUUCUACGUGUCUGAAGGAGCCAAAGUUACUUUCACCAACAAAUGCACAUACACGGUAUGGCCAGGAACCCUAACCGGUGACCAAAAGCCGCAGUUAUCAUCAACGGGUUUUGAGUUGGCACAAGGAGCAUCCAACUCCUUGGACCUUCCAUCUCCAUGGUCGGGUAGGUUCUGGGGCCGAACGGGAUGCUCCAACAACAACGGAAAGUUCAGUUGCGCCACCGCCGACUGUGCCUCAGGGCAAGUGGCAUGCAACGGCGCAGGCGCAGUUCCACCGGCAUCUUUGGUGGAAAUAACGGUGGCAGAAAACGGAGGACAAGAUUUCUACGACGUGAGCAACGUGGACGGGUUCAACGUGCCCAUCGCCGUGACCCCACAAGGUGGGAGUGGCGAUUGCAAAACCUCGAGCUGUCCUGCGAACAUAAACGCUGCGUGCCCUGCAGAGCUCCAAAUGAAAGGCUCUGAUGGGAGCGUUAUCGCUUGCAAGAGUGCUUGCUUGGCUUUUGGAGGAGAUCAAUACUGCUGCACUGGCUCUCACAACACCGCUGAGACGUGUCCACCCUUCAACUACUCUCAGUUUUUCGAGCAGCAAUGUCCCGAUGCCUAUUCCUACGCUUACGAUGACAAGACCAGCACUUUCACUUGCUUCAACAGGCCCGACUAUGCCAUCACAUUCUGCCCUUGAACUACACUUGGUUAUGCAUCCAUCCCUUCAAAAUAAGUGCAUACUGCUUACGCAAUAUGUAAACUAUGAGCAACACUUUUAGUUUGUAUUAUGAAUAUAAAAAAAUCACGUGAUUAUGGUGAUUGUAUUGAUGAAUUA